UAUGGUGACUGCGCCAUAGAAAACUUCGCACAUGCGCAUCCUUCCUGAGCGCGCCAUGCUGGCCUGGCCAAGCCAGCGGCGAUGACAGAGGUGCAGCGAGCAGAUGGACUGGCGUGGUGCGCUGACAAGGCUCCCGGGCGCGCCCGCGACAGCCGCGACGGCCAUCGGCCUUUGCUGCCGCGCUGCGGCCUGGCGGCCCGCGGUGGCGCUGCUGUGGGAUCUGCAGGAGCACCGCGCGCGUGCCGAGACCGUUGCUUGCAAUGCUGCAAUUGCUGCGUGUAGCCGUGUGCGGUGGCAAAGCUCCGUGCAGCUUCUGGGUGCGAUGCAGGACCUGGAUGUGAGAGUGAACUCCAUCAGCCUCACCUCUGCGCUGAGCGCCUGUAAGCCACGCUGGCGUCUCGCCUCCGAGGCCCUGGCAGCUGCUCGCAGCAGAGGACUGCGGCCGAACCUCUUCGCGCGCAGCGCCGCCGCGAGCGGCGACGGCGCCGGCGACGGGGCGGCCUGGCGCCGGGCGGCGCAGCUGGCGGAGGCGGACGCGGUGUCGGUGAACGGCGCGGUGAGCGCCUGCUCGAGGAGCCGGUCCUGGACGGAGGCCUUGGCGUUGAGCUUCGGGUUGAGCUCCGGGGGAUUCAGAGCCUCCGGGCGCUCCUUCGCCUCCCUCGCCGCUGCGAUGCAGGGCCAGCGAGGCCAGUGGUGCUGCUCGCUGCACGUCUUGCGGGCGGCCCACCACGCAAGGCUGCUGACAAAGGAGCUGGCAGCCGCGGUUGCUGCAGGCUGCUGUCGGGUUUGGACCUGGGCGCUGCAGCUGGCGCCCUUCUGGCGUGCCACUGGCGAGGCGUCCGACGGCGCGCUGCUGGGGGCGGCGGCGCAAGGCGCCGGCCUGGCGUGGCUUUGGCGCACAGCGCUGGCAGUCAGGUCGGAUGUGUCCGUGCCGGAGACGGGCCUGUGCAACGUGGUCAUCACCGCCUGCGCUCGCGCCGCAGAGCUGCGCCAAAGCUGCGCUUUGCUGCUGGAGAUGCUGUCGGAGACUUCGCUGCGCCCGGACGUGCAAUCCUUCAACGCGCUGCUGUGCGGGGUGCAGGAGUCCACUUGGCCAGCCGCUGCGGAAGCUGUGCAUCGCUUGCGGCGCCAUGGGCUGGUGCCGGACAGGCUGACGCUGAACAACGCCUGUGGUGCCUUUGGCGGGGCUCGGCAAUGGCAGCAAGCUCUUUGGCUACUAGGAGCUCCGCAUUUUCCAGGUCCUGGGAACGUGGCCUACAACGCAGUCAUGGAGGCCUGUGGACGGCGACCUGUGGCACUGGCAGUCUUCCAGCAGAUGCUGGGCAGAGGCCUUCGCGCAGACGUGACUGCCCUAUGCCUUGCUGCAGAAGCUGCUGUGGCCAGGCUGGGGGUGGCCUGCGUGGGCCUCCUGGCCCGCGCGGAAGGCGCGGCGCUGGCCGACCUCCGAGGAGCUGCGGGCGGCAAAGCGCUGCGUGGCUGGGCCUCCGGCGACACGGCCGCCGCGCCCAAGAUGGCGCGGGCCUCGAAGUUCCGUGCCAAGUGGCAGAGAGACCGCCUGGUGCGGCUGAACCAGGCGUGGCGGGCCUGA